AUGAAUAAUAUGAUACAAUACAUUAUCCCCGGAAGUUAAACUCCGGGCAUUCGUGAAUAAAUUGGUAAGUUUCAAAUUAAAAGAGCCGACACUCGUACCUACCGGCUCAAGCCGGCUUUACUUUGUGAGGCCAGGCCCGAACUCCAGGGCUGUACACGAGUACGCUUUCAAAUUUAGUCUCUUGACAUGUUAGAGAUACGUUGCGGUCCAGUACCAUCGUAGGAAUCGAAUUAUUAAUUGUUGGCCGUACGCCUGAAGACUGCACCAGUGAUGAACAGUUGGCACUGUUAUAUUCGUCCUUCGUCAGGAACGAUUAACUGGCGAACGCCAUACGUUUUUCGAGUGAGUUAUGAGAUUCUGCAUGACCUCUACACAAAAUUCCAAAUUGCAAUCAAAGAGUGCGGGUAUCUCGAGAUAUACCAGAGCUUAUUAGAAUUUCAACAGUUUGUGAGGGGUAUCAUGAGAAUGUCCUCAUCUUAAAAGUACAUCUUUGAACCCAGGAGAGUGUUGCUGUGCCUGCCUGCGGAUGGAUUUCUUGUGACCGAGACAGUCCGGAGUUUUCGCGCCCAUACCGAGGUGCGGAUGCAGCUGGCAGUCACAGGAAUACAGACCACGCCUUGUUCGCUGGGAUAAACUGCCUCACAGCGCAGCAUGCGACAUCAUGCACGCAUCCUUGGCUAUACAUCCCCACACCAUCGCACCGACCAUCUACGUGAUACGGAGUGUAACGGAGUGGAAUAAACGUCGCUCACGAUUAAGUUAACGAGCGUUAUUUCCCGGUCUACUCGCUGGCUCCUGUGCGCGGAUGAGCCGCAGUCUAAUCAUAGUGCUCACUAUAAUUUGAUGGUCAAUACGUGUCAUCACCGGAGAAAAGACAACGUGUAUGAGCUGUUCGUUUUGCAAGCAUCGUACGUGAUACCUUUGAUUUUCGAUACGAAUACAUUGUGUGUUUCGUCACAAGUAAUUUUUUUUCUCACUACGAUAUGUAGCUUGGUAAAAACACUGAACGGAAGUGUUCGGCUGUGCUUUUAUAUUAACCCGACUCCAACUCAUCAAACCUUGCUUUGACAUCUGUCUGAUACACAUUGAUCAAAUUCCGACAGAAGAAACAGGGUGUGGAAAAACUAUGAACACAGCCAAGCUUUUGAAAAGGCCGUUAAAUGUGAGUGAAAGAAACCACCAAAUUGACAAAAUAUCAUCCACCUGUAGCUGUCGAGAAAUAAUCGGUCCGUCGAUUGUCCCUGAAAGUUGACGCAUAAAGGACGCAUUCAAGAUGCUGCUCAGACUAAAAGUGGUGCUGUUGGUCACUUUAGUGGUUGUGGCGGUAGAGGGAGAAACGGCAACUGAGUGUCCCAAUGGUUGCAAGUGUGACGCUAUCAUGCUGAUCGUAAACUGCACCAACUCCGGUCUGCGUCAGAUACCGAACAACCUACCGAGGGAGUACCGUGUAUUCAGCUUCGACAACAACAUCCUGAACGUCAUCGAAGACGAUGCUUUCUCGGGGGUGACGGCGACACGGUCCCUUUCGUUGUCGCGCUGCAACAUCACCAAGAUCCAGGACGGGGCCUUCGACUUCAUCUACAACGUCAGCAAGCUUUACCUGUCUGAGAACAGGCUGGACACCGUGCCCAGGGAGGUCCGCAACCUAAGCCGGCUGCAGCUACUGGAUCUGACGGAGAACAGCAUUGACCGCCUGGCCAUGUACAGCUUCUACGGUAUGAAGAACCUGCAGACGCUGCUACUGGAUGAUAACAACAUCACGGUGCUCUCUAAAGGCUGCAUGAGCGAUGCAAGCCGGCUGCGCGUACUGUCGCUCAAAAGGAACGGCAUGCACACAGUGAAGCCUGAAUCUUUCCACUGUUUGAACAGCCUCGAGGAGCUGUACCUAUCUGACAACUCCUUCGCUAAUCUGCCUUUUGGCUGGCUGGUUGGCGUGUUCAAUCUCCGAGUACUGGACCUGAGGAGAGCCUACUCGGCCAACGUGGUCUACGAUCCGACGCCGAGGGAGAACUCCACGAUGGGCUGGCUCUUUCCAGGCCUGUCUCCGCUUCUGGAGAGCUUAGAUCUAGCAGAGAACGGAAUCACCAGUCUGGAGUUCAACGCAUUUCAGCCUCUGGAGGAAUUAGUCUGGCUGGAUCUCAGCGUUAACCAACUCAUAGACCUUCCACUGGGUGUGUUCUCCCGUCUGAGGAAGCUGCAGCGUUUGGACCUGAGUUACAACAUUUUAACUAACCUGACCGAUUAUCUUUUCCCCGAGGGCUCAGAAUUGGAGUACUUUGAUCUUGGGAACAACCUCUUUGAGACGAUGCGCCCAGAACCCUUUAAGAAUCUAAAGAACCUAAAAUAUUUAAGAUUGCAGCGAAAUGUGCUGUAUGAAAUCGAGUUCCUACUGAAGGCGAGCCUUCCCGGUCUUCAAGAACUGAACCUCGCCUCCAACACAAUUUCCAACGUCUCUAGCGUUGGCUUCACAGCUUUCAAAAACUUGCGGAAGAUUUGGAUGAAAAACAACCGUUUGCGGGAAGUCCCAAACGUGCGGAAUUUAACGUUUCUGACACACCUGGACCUGUCCUGGAACGGGAUUGUCUACGUGGCGCCCGACGCCUUCAUCGGUACAAGCCUGAAGGAGAUUGAUCUCCGGAAUAAUUACAUCACCACGUUGGACCAGAGGACACUGGAUGGGUUGCCGCGGCUAGGUGCCGUGCGAGUGGGGAACAAUCCCUGGAGGUGCGACUGCGAGUUGGAGUGGUUCAGACAGGCUUAUAUGACCGCGGACUGGGGAGGAGACCUGGAUGCGGCCAUCUGUGACUGGCCUCCUAGCAGGAAGGAUAACAGGGUGGUCUAUCAAGACAAGGCCAUGCAGUGUACCUCUUAUCCUCCUCCUGCAUCUGUUAUCAUUCUGGUCGUCAUCUGGAUCGCGAUACUCCUGAUCGUUGCCACAGCCAUCCUUGUGAGGACUUACAAGGUCCAUCGGCUACGGUCUCGUCGUAGACAAAAAGAGGAUGGUGAGGAGGAACCAGCCGAGGAGCAGCAGCCGCUGAGAGAGGAACCUCCUCGCCCCAAUCACCAACCACCGCCAAUACAGCCCAUACAACGGUCGGACCCAGACAAGGGGAAAGGGAAAGGGAAGGGUAAGGGGAAAGUUCAGAAAGGUCAGGUCAUUGAGAUGAAGGACAUGAAACCCAUGAACGGACUCAAGGUCAAGCCUUUUGACAGGGAAUUCUAUGUUUAAAAACAACCAAAGAAAUUAUAUGUUGUACGGUAAUUUGCAUAAUAGCACGGGUAUUUUUUGUUUACCAUUGUCAUGUAAAAAUACCGCCUCCUAACAGUUAGCAUGAAUUCUUUUACAGCGAUGUUGUUGGCUUAUUUUGAAUAUUCCAACUAGGGGCCUAUAUACAAAUUGGUAUGUGUGACCAAAAUUCUGAUGCUGAUUAAGUAUACAUGUACAUUGAAAUAUAAUAGGCCUAUAGAGAAAUAUUGUUCCAGGGUCUACUCGUAUACAAAACACAGCAUCUGUUUAUACAUAUUCAUGCAAGUGAGCUUUAGUGUUUCUCAGUUGUCGAGACAGUUUCAGCGUAAAAUGGCAAUACAGCCUGAGGUGUAUACAAAAAUUACUGUCCUUCGCUAUCUGUGAAAUCGUUACUAGAAGCUAUUAUCUGUACGACUUUUAAGCCCACCAUCUUGAUGGUGGGUUAUAACGACUAUAGAAACAAGGCAAAGAAAAUAUAUUAUCAGCAACACAGUAAAAGAUUUCUCUCUGCCAAAGUAAAAGAAGAAUUCCAAGAUGGAUGAGAAAAAGAAUGCAAAAUGAUCUUUGCAGUAAUGAGUAGGAUUUUAGAUAACUCGUGGUGUGCAUUUUAAGGCGCAGUUAAAAAAAAAAAAUUAGUUUCAAAUAUUGUAAAAGAAAUUUCCAAUUAUGAACUUUUCAUUAAAUCGAAAGAACAAACAACGUUGCUGAAAUGCUUUCACCAUUUGGAAUUACCAUUAAUUUUAAACGGCUGACAUUUUCGCGAGGUUUAAAGAACAAAAAUCCACUGACUAGCAUAAUGAAGACGGUACAGCACAAUACCGCACGCGAUGGGUUGGGAUAUUGUGUUCACAAUGGGGAAGGUGGGCAGCACUGAGUCGAUGUAAAUGCAAUUAAAUCCAGCUCACCUGUCUUCUCUUAACCGAAUCUCUAAUUGAAAACCAAUGAGGCCGAUAGUAAGGUGCAUGUUAAGGGAGGGAUAUGCACUUGGUUUUGCGUGACAGGUUGUUUUUAAGACAGGGGUCAUUAUGCAAUUUAUGAACCGUCUUCUACAAAAAAAAGUAUCCGUCAGACUUCUUUUUUUAUUCUUUUUAAUAUAACUACAAAACCAUGAGGUCAAUUUUGAAAAUUGUUGGUUGUGCUUAUACUCCUUAGCCUUUGCCUCGACCCCUAUGAGUUUCAUUUAAUUUCAGUCAUGCUUCACUACACAAUUGUCAAUUGAGCACAACAACAUUUUUGGACACUGUGACUAAAUUCUUUGCCUUCUUCAAUUUCAGUACUGCGUUAAGUAAGCUGUGUAAAAUCCUUCAUGUUGGGAAAAGGGCUGCAGUUGGGAUUGAAAUCAUUUGCCUGGCUAGUAUAUCAGUCAUCAUGGCAAGACAUUUAAUACUCAUGGACAAAUUGUUCCAAUCCCAAACCACAUCAGAGUUUUUUCUCAACAUGCAGGAUUUUACUCAACUUUCAUCAUAACA